CGGCACUGCCACAUCACUCGUCCAUUCCCCGACUUUUCUUGACCAGUCGUCGCCCUCAAGACCGACCGACGCCUCGACGUAGUGAUUCAACAUGGCUCGCGGACCUAAAAAGCACUUGAAGCGCCUUGCUGCGCCCUCCUCUUGGAUGUUGGACAAGCUGAGCGGAACCUACGCUCCUCGUCCCUCCCCCGGUCCUCACAAGCUGCGCGAGUGCUUGCCGCUCACCGUCUUCCUGCGCAACCGCCUAAAGUACGCGCUGACGGGCAAGGAGGUCCUGUCCAUCGUGAAACAGCGCCUCAUCAAAAUCGACAACAAGGUCCGCACCGAUGCAACUUACCCCGCUGGCUUCAUGGAUGUCAUUUCCAUUGAGAAGUCCGGCGAGCAUUUCCGUCUCUUGUACGAUGUCAAGGGUCGUUUCGCCAUCCACCGCAUCACACCUGAGGAGGCUACCUUCAAGCUUCUCAAGGUCCGCAAAGUUGCCAUCGGUGCCCGAGGUGUCCCCCACAUUGUCACCCACGACGGCCGUACCAUCCGGUACCCCGAUCCCUCCGUUGCCGUGAACGACACCGUCAAGUUCGACCUUGUGCAGAACAAGCUCGUUGACUUUGUCAAGUUCGACACUGGCAACAUGUGCAUCAUCACUGGUGGGCGCAACAUGGGCCGUGCUGGUGUCAUUGUGCACCGGGAGAAGCACAUGGGUGAAUUUGACAUUGUGCAUGUGAAGGAUUCUCUGGACAGGACUUUCGCUACUCGUAUCUCCAACAUCUUCGUCAUUGGUGAGGGCAACAAGCCCUGGAUAUCGCUUCCCAAGGGCAAGGGUACCAAGCUCACUAUCUCUGAAGAGCGUGACCUCCGCCGCAAGCGUGCUGCCGAGCAGUAGAUCAUGUUUUUGUCGGUCGUUACUUUAUGUUUGUAUGAUCCAAUCCCGCCCAAAAACAUGCAUCCAUGCUCUCUUUUUUGCUUCUACUUUGAUUGCCUGAACGGUCUUCUCACUACUCCGAUGAAGCGUUUCGUUGAUGGACGCCGAUGUUUAUCUGAGACUGAGGUACUUACUGUUGAUGAUAUGGAAACUGUGACUCGACCCACA